AUGAGUAGAUGCAAUUUACCAAACAGAGUUUGCAACAGGAAUUCAUCAGCUGUAGGUCGAAGUCGCACCCUUCAAACUACUAUUUGUCAUGCCCGAAGUGCAGAUCCUAUUUCGAUCCACCUUGAUGCUUCUUCAAAAUUUUCCCAAAUGCUUAACGCGCCGAAAAUUGAUGAUAACAAACUCUCUUUUUCCGAUACAGAAAAUGUACCGGCGAUGGCAAAAUACGCGCCACCAUCCUCGAUAAUAGUACCCGAGAAGCAGUUCCCGCGUCCCAGUCUUUCCGGUAAAAACUUGAUGAGACUGCUCACAGAGGAGGAAAUAAGGCGACGACCUCCCGAACGGGAAAUACUUUUUAGGAAGAAUAAAGACGGAGUUAGGGUGGGUGACGUGCUCCUAGUAGAGAGUUUUACGCAUCAGGGAAGCGAAUCGACAACCUCUUUUGCCGGCAUUUGCAUUUCGAUCAGAAGACAAGGCGUCGACACCAACUUCACCUUACGAAACAUCAUAUCGAAGGUUGGGGUCGAAAUAAGGUAUUCACUGUUUUCACCGAUGAUCAAAGAUAUCAAAAUCCUGCAAAAAGGCGAAGGGUUUAGGAGAGCAAAAUUGUUUUAUUUGAGAAAUCAACCGGAAAAAGCUUUCCAGAGUGGCGGCUUGUUGAAAAAGGAACUAAAUAAGAAGGCGGAAACCCAGACAGGCAAAAAAUGA